CGUUAAGAUGUUGAUGCAGGGUGGAGAACAUCUUGACUUAUUCAUUUAGAGAUAGUGUCGAGCGACUUCGUAGUUUUUUCAAUUUUCAUUUACGGACACAGAACGUGGUUUUACCCCGUACGCGAAGUGCGAAUAUGCUACGUUAUGUGCCCCAAUUUUGGGACCAAAUGUGUCCGAGAAUCUGUAGGAUUUAUAUUUGUCUUAAAUUUUGAUAAAAUAUGGAAAAUAGGAAAGAAAUUGCGGAUUUUACAAAGGACGUAUUUUUUAGUGACAUUUUUCCUGUUGACAACCUUCUGUAGUGGGUUGCCAAUUAUCGCGCCAAACCGAGGAAAUUUAUCUACAUCAGCUGUUUCCCGAGCUGUUGAAUAUCUCACCAAAUAUGGCUACUUACCUCCGUCCGAUCCAAGUACAGGAAAUUUACGUAAAGAAAAUGAGCUGAGAGAAGCUAUCCGUACAAUGCAAGAAUUUGGACAUUUGACACCCACGGGUGUCGUUGAUGAUGCAACCAUGAAGUUAAUGCAGCGCAGGCGCUGUGGAAUGCCAGAUAUCAUACCUGGUGGUCACUAUCGAGUAAAGCGUUACACUAUUCAAGGACAAAAAUGGCCUAACACUAAUCUCAGUUGGAGUGUCAAGAGCAGUAUUAGCUCGGCCGACUUACAGAUGGUGCGAUCACAACUACGAAAAGCGUUUGACGUCUGGAGCGCUGCAUCUUCUCUUACUUUCAUUGAAGUGGAAGAACCUACUGCAGACAUAAUAGUUUCUUUCUUGAGGGGAUCACAUGGAGAUGGUUAUCCAUUUGAUGGUGAGGGAUCUAUCCUUGCUCACGCAUUUUUUCCAGGUGAAGGAAUCGGAGGAGAUGCUCAUUUUGAUGCUGAGGAAAAGUGGCUACCCACCCAACCAGACGAUGAAGAUGAAGGUGUAAAUCUGUUUGCUGUGGCAGCUCAUGAGAUUGGACAUUCCUUGGGAUUAUCUCACUCAUCUACGCCAGGUUCCUUGAUGUUUCCUUACUAUCAAGUGAUGGGCGAACAAUUUACCCUGCCAAAAGAUGACGCCGAUGGAAUUCGGCAUCUUUACGGUCGGAAAAGCUCCUUUAAACAGCCAACUAUGCCCACCUUACCAACAACUACAGAAACUUCUACAACAUCAGAGGCAGGAAAAUUCCUACCAAUGACUACGUCAAAACCCCGAAAAGUACCUGCUGAAGCCAAUCCUAAAGCAAUAGAUGUUUGCAAUACAUCGAUUGAUGCUAUAUCGGUGAUUCGAAGAGAAGUGUUUGUUUUUAAAGGCAAACACUUUUGGCGACUAGACAUGAAUAAAACUUUGAGAAGUGGUUAUCCUGUGGCAAUUGAUCGUUUUUGGCAUGACCUUCCAGCAGAUAUACAGCAGGUAGAUGCAUUGUAUGAAAGACCCGGUGAUACAAAAAUAGUAUUUUUCUCUGGUAAACUUUAUUGGCUGUUUCAGGCAAACCGUUUAGAGCCUGGUUAUCCCAAACCAUUAACAGAUCUCGGUUUGCCACCCGAUUUAGAAAGAAUCGAUGCAGCUAUUGUAUGGGGGCACAAUGGCAAAACAUAUCUUUUCAGUGGGAAAGAAUAUUGGAAACUAGAUGAAUCUGAAGGAAGAGUUGAACUUGAUUAUCCAAGAAAAAUAUCAGCUUGGAGAGGUGUUCCACAAAAUGUUGAUGCAGCCUUUCAAUGGAUUGAUGGAAGUACUUAUUUUUUCAAAGAUCUCAAGUAUUGGAAAUUCAUAGAUGCUAAAAUGAGAGUUGAUAAUAAAGGGCCAUUUGAAGUAGGAAGUAAUUGGUUCAAAUGCUCCAAAACAAGUGUUGAAAUGACUGAACCAAUAACUACGCAAAGAGCUGUCUUAGCUGAAGCAGAUACUGUGAAUCAGAGUGCAGCAUUUCAUCAAACUUAUUUAUGUUACAUUAUAAUAUUGACUUGUUUGUUGAUUAGAAUAAAUAGUGAAAUAUAACAUUAAGUUAAUCUACAUGGAAUAUUUUUACAGUUUUGAGAAGUGGUGUUAGUGCACAUAUUUUGUUCAAUAAUUUGCCAUCUUUUAUUUAAUUUUAUAAUGUCAGAGCUAUUGUUACUACAUAUCAUAUUUAAUCUUAUAUAUUCGAAUUUUGCCAUGAUUCAUGUGAACAACUUCUUACAUUUUUAUUCUAUUUAUAACCAGCUUAUAGCUAGCUCUGCUCUUGUUUACUUUUUUGUAACAUUUUAUAAAAUAAAAAUAAAUUUCACAAUGC